UCUUAGAUUUGCCCUUAUGCAUGGAUAUGCUCUUAUUAAAAUUCUUAGUAUAAAAUUUGUCGAAUUAAGUGGCUUCGUGGUGGCAUAUAAUUUAUUUUAUAGGGAAAUUUCUGUUUAAUACUUUUUAGUGGAUAAAUUGCCUUUACAAAAAUAUCAAACACAUUCAAAUUGCAUAUCACGAGUUUUUAGAGUUUUGCCCACUUAGGCGGCACUGUGCGACGUGGUUAAAUGUGUUACUUCUAUGAACGGCAAAUAUAAUUGUUCGGUGGAAUCUUGUGCAUUUUUUGCAUCAAGCAUAAGUGAAGUGUAACUAUUCACAUAUUUUAAAGCAUUUUGAUUGCUGUGUAAAGGUGAAUUGUCCAAUACUUUCGAGUUUGAAACCAUUUACUAAUGCAUGUAUUUUUCUUUUAUCGUUGUGAAGCAUAAACAAAUAAUUGCACAAAAAAAGUCGAUCUUCGAAAAAUGGUGGCCCAUUCACAAAUUUUUACUCACUAUUUUAUGCACCAAUGUGUAUGGAUGUGCGUCGUGCAUCUCUUCGCUCACUCCCGCCUUCCGUUGCUUUGGAUGAAGUUGUUGUUGCUGAACCUGCGGUUAAUGCGAACUCUGAGGUAAAUAUAAACACACCUUUACACUCCCAAAUAAACAAAUCGAACUCUAACCCGAAUGAGAACAAUAAUAUGCUACAAUUAGCAUUGAAUACGGUUGUGCAAGAAAUCGCCGCUCUUAGAACAGAGAAUGCGCUCGUUAUAUAUCUAAUUAACUCUUUGCAUGAGGACAAAAUGCAAUUAAUGCAAAAAUGUGAUGCCCUACAUGCCGAUGUUCGCUCAAUGCAAGCUAAACUAAAUUGCAAAGAGGCUGACAUUUCAACGCUAACAUUGGAAAACAAUUGUUUGUAAAUCUAAGAAUCUCAACCCAUCUGGCGCCAACGGUGUAAGGGAGAGUAAUGAAGCGAAUAAUUGUUCGGCUAAAAGUGCAUUGUCAUCUAACACGUAUGCUCUCAACUCUUCUCGCGUCAACGGUGUAAGUGAGAGUAAUGAAACGAAUAAUUGUUCGGCUAAAAGUACAUUGUCGUCUAAUAGCCCUGACAGACAUAUGGUUUAUGUACUAUACUAGCAUUCUAUACUACACGUCUGUCGUUGUAAACCACAAUUAUACCAUCGUACAAAGUGGUUUGAAGCUGGUUCCUAUACUACGAAAAUGAACGUGGUAUAAAGCGAGUAUACCAUGAAACACAGCCAGAGAGUAGAAAGAAUUUCACCAAAAAUGUGUGGUGAAAACAAACAGAGACAGUGAACUGAUGCAUGUAUGUGUGCCAUUUUGCUCGCGCUGGUCCAACAGUCGCAAUGGACGAGUGAUCAGAGCGCUAGAGUGUCACUUGAGAGAUCCGAGAUCGAGUCUUCGCGUAGGAGAUUUUUUUCUUUAUUAUUUAAUUUUUUUUUUGUUCUUUUAUUUUAUUUAUUGUUAAAUAAAAAUCAGCA